AUUAUUUUUGACUCUGUCAAAGAUAUUAAGCGAAAUGUUUAGUUGUUUGGCGAAAAUUCUAGUAUAAUACACUCUUGGUUUGGAAAACGGUGUAUGAGGGGUGUUUGAGGGCUGUGACCAUAUCGUAAAAGUGGCUCUAGAGGAUUUUAUUUCAACAGUUGUUAGUUGCUAAGGUUGCUAUUUCACGCACCUAAGACCUUCGUGACAACUUUCGAAUCGUGUAGCUAAUCCAUAUUUAAUUAAUGGAAUACAUUGUUGUGUCGUAUAAACAUAUGUGAGAUGGAAAAUUUCCAACAUUUGCCGUGGUGGGGUAGGAAGGAAUGGCCUGCAAUAAAAAGAAAUGACGCUCGGCGAAAUACACAAUAUUAACGAGUCGUCCCUGACCAAAAACCGUGAUAUGAGCUUAGCACAAACGAUUGACACACAACAUAACAAUCGGCAGCAAACAGAUAAAAUGGCGGUAGCGACAGCAAACGAGAAAAAUAACAUUAUAAAUAAACAUACAGCAGCAGCAGCGGCAGCUUCAAAGCAGAAUGACGCGACUAUUUCGUUUCUACGAGCAGCGCGGGGUGGCGAUCUGGGCAAAGUUCUGGAAUUCUUGGAAUCCGGACAGAUAACAGAUAUCAACGCAUGUAAUACGAAUGGCUUAAAUGCGCUUCACUUGGCUGCCAAAGAUGGUUACAUCGAUAUCGUAAGUGAGCUCCUACGACGCGGCAUCAAUGUGAACAAUGCCACAAAAAAAGGGAACACAGCGCUCCACAUUGCUUCACUGGCUGGUCAGAAGGACGUAAUUAAACUACUUAUUCAGUACAAUGCAAAUGUGAAUGUGCAAUCGUUAAAUGGGUUUACACCACUUUACAUGGCGGCGCAAGAAAAUCACGAUGCCUGCGUUCGUUUUCUGCUGGCGAAAGGAGCGAAUCCGUCGCUAGCUACUGAGGACGGAUUCACGCCACUAGCUGUUGCCAUGCAACAGGGCCACGACAAAGUCGUCGCGGUGCUUUUGGAAUGCGAUGUUCGAGGUAAAGUUCGUCUCCCAGCGUUGCAUAUUGCGGCUAAGAAAAACGAUGUUAACGCGGCUACAUUGCUGCUACAAAGCGAAACCAGUCCCGACAUUGUAUCCAAGUCUGGCUUCACGCCCCUGCAUAUUGCAGCACAUUACGGCAACGUUGAUAUUGCUAAGUUACUGAUUGAGCAUGGAGCGGAUGUAAACUUUACCGCAAAACAUAAUAUAACACCACUGCACGUUGCCUGCAAAUGGGGCAAAACUAAUAUUCUGGAGCUGUUGCUGUCAAAAAAUGCAAACAUAAAUUCUACUACGCGUGAUGGUCUCACACCGCUUCACUGCGCCGCACGAUCGGGUCACGUGGAAGUAAUCGAAAAAUUACUUGCGUAUAAGUCCCCUAUACUUUCGAAGACUAAGAAUGGUCUCGCUCCGCUUCAUAUGGCUGCGCAGGGCGAGCAUGACGAAGCAGCACAGUUAUUGUUAGCACAUAAGGCGCCCGUCGAUGAGGUUACUGUCGACUAUCUAACAGCGCUGCAUGUUGCAGCACAUUGCGGGCAUGUGCGCGUCGCCAAGCUGCUGCUAAAUUACAAUGCAGAUCCAAAUGCCCGCGCCCUAAAUGGGUUUACGCCCUUGCAUAUCGCCUGUAAAAAGAACCGCAUUAAUGUGGUUGAGCUGUUACUAAAACAUGGAGCCAGCAUAAGUGCCACAACAGAGUCUGGUUUAACCCCAUUGCAUGUCGCUAGUUUCAUGGGCUGCAUGAAUAUCGUUAUAUAUCUGUUGCAACACGAUGCUAUCCCCGACGCACCCACCGUUCGUGGAGAGACGCCACUGCAUUUGGCGGCCAGAGCAAACCAAACUGACAUUAUACGAAUUUUAUUACGAAAUGGAGCCCAAGUGGAGGCGCGUGCCCGGGAAGGCCAAACCCCACUGCAUGUUGCGUCAAGGCUUGGUAAUAUCGACAUAAUUAUGCUGAUGUUGCAACAUGGCGCUAAUGUCAAUACUACAACUAAAGACAUGUAUACACCCUUGCAUAUCGCAGCUAAGGAGGGACAAGAAGAGGUGGUACAGCUGCUUACAGAAAAUAAUGCGCAAUUAGAUACGGUCACCAAGAAGGGCUUUACACCCUUGCAUCUGGCAGCUAAAUAUGGCAAAGACAAAGUUGUGGCUUUGCUAUUGCAAAGAGGUGCUAAGAUCGAUUGCCAAGGCAAGAACGAUGUUACGCCGCUACAUGUUGCAGCGCACUUUGAUCACCAAAAGGUCGUCUUUUUACUACUUGAGCAUGGCGCUUCUCCGCUACUUUGUGCAAAAAAUGGCCACAGCGCAUUACACAUUGCUGCCAAGAAAAAUGAAAUGGAAAUUGUCCAGCAACUUUUACAGUACGGCGCUGAUCCUGACGUACGAAGCAAGUCCGGCUUUUCACCCUUGCACUUAGCCGCACAGGAAGGGCACGUUGACAUGACGAAUUUAUUGUUGGAGCAUGGCGUUGACGCAAAUGUGCAAGCUAAGAACGGUUUGACGCCACUGCAUCUGUGUGCCCAAGAAGAUAAAACUGCAAUUGCUCGAAUAUUGCUCGAUCAUCAGGCUAACAUAUCCGAGCGCACCAAAGCUGGCUACACGCCUUUACAUAUAGCUGCGCACUAUGGCCAAAUAAAUAUGGUAAAGUUUUUGCUAGAAAAUGAUGCUAAUAUCGAAAUGAGUACAAAUGUCGGCUAUACACCGUUGCAUCAAGCCGCUCAACAAGGGCAUACAAUGGUUAUAAAUCUAUUGUUGCGGCACAAGGCAAAUCCGAAUGCCGUUACGGAUAAUGGUCAAACUGCUUUGAGCAUCGCCAAUAAUUUAGGAUACGUCACUGCUGUGGAAACGCUGAAGGUGGUUACCGAAAAAUCAGUUAUGAAUAUCAUAACAGGCGUGUUGGAAGAGAAAUAUAAAGUUGUUGCGCCUGAAUUGAUGCAUGAAACAUUUAUGUCCGAUUCUGAAGACGAAGGUGGUGACGAACACAUAGAUCAUCAACAGUACAAAUACAUGGCGACUGAUGACUUAAAAGCAUCCGAGCAGGAUCAUCAAAACUACGACACGACCAACAAUGACGACCACAUCGAUCAUCACCAGCAAAAGCAAGUUCAACAAGUGCAUCAUACGCAAUUGACUGCUGGACGUAACAGUUUUUAUAGUGAAAAAGUCCAUGAUUUUUCGGCUUCUUCAAACCAAUACCCGAUAAAGCAGAUCGACAACGUUGCGAUAACUCGUCCACCUAUUCAUCUGGGCUUCCUUGUGUCGUUUUUGGUGGAUGCACGUGGCGGUUCAAUGCGUGGUUGCCGCCACAGCGGCGUUCGUGUAAUUGUGCCACCGAAGGCUUGUUCGCAACCAACGCGUAUCACGUGCCGUUAUGUAAAGCCGCAACGAGUUCAUAACCCGCCACCUUUGAUGGAAGGUGAAGCUUUGGUUAGCCGGAUAAUGGAAUUAUCUCCAGUGGAGGCCAAAUUUUUAGGUCCAGUUGUGUUAGAGGUGCCGCAUUUCGGUUCUUUGCGUGAUAAGGAACGUGAAAUCAUAAUUUUGCGCUCCGACAAUGGAGAUAGUUGGCGAGAGCAUACUUUAUACGAUAGUGAUGAGGCAAUGCUAGAUGUUUUGCACGAUACCUUCAAUGGUGGCCUUAAUCCGUUGGAAGACUUACACACUAAUCGCAUAGUACGCGUUUUGACGCGCAAUUUUCCCCAUUUCUUUGCUGUAGUAUCCCGUAUUCGUCAGGAGGUGCAUGCUAUUGGCCCUGAAGGUGGCACCGUCUCGUCACAAGCGGUGCCGCAAGUGCAGGCCAUUUUUCCGCCACAUGCACUCACAAAGAAGAUUCGUGUCGGUCUUCAGGCACAGCCAGUUGAUCUGAACGGUUGCUGCAAGCUUCUCGGCCAGGGUGUGGCCGUGUCGCCGGUAGUUACCGUUGAGCCACGCCGUCGCAAAUUUCAUAAAGCCAUUACGCUUAGUAUACCAGCACCAAGGGCAUCCACGCAAGGCAUGGUAAAUUCACCAUACACGGGUAAUGCUCCGACGCUGCGCCUUUUGUGCUCAAUAACCGGGGGGCAAAAUCGCGCCGUCUGGGAAGAUGUUACUGGCUCAACGCCUUUCGCUUUUGUAAAGGAUAGUGUCACAUUCACGACAACAGUGUCUGCACGUUUUUGGCUAAUGGACUGUCGCAAUAUCGCCGAUGCCAGCCGUAUGGCCACCGAACUAUAUGCAUAUAUGACUCAAGUUCCAUUUAUGGUGAAAUUUGUUAUUUUUGCCAAACGAAUUUCCACGACAGAAGCCAAGCUUUCCGUCUUCUGUAUGACUGACGAUAAAGAAGAUAAAACUUUGGAGCAACAAGAGUAUUUCACUGAGAUAGCGAAGAGCCGAGAUGUUGAAGUACUCGAAGACCAAGAUAUUUAUUUGGAAUUUGCAGGCAAUUUGGUACCAGUGCUAAAAUCAGGCGAGCAGUUUAAUCUUAAAUUUCAUGCUUUCCGUGAGAACCGACUGUCCUUCAUUGUGCAUGUCAAAGAUCAGGAGGAGCCUUAUGGUCGUAUAAGCUUUAUGAGCGAACGAAAAAUGGGCAUAAGUGAACCACCACAACAACCCAUUUGUGUAUUAAACAUAUCAUUAGAAGGAUGUGACAUUGUCGAAAACGCAAACUUUUUGGAUGGCAGUCAAAAAUGUUUGAACAAUAUAAAAAUCGACCGUGGUCUUAAUUAUAGGGAUUUGUUAAAUGCUGGUUUUAAGUCAACAGCAGUGAAGCCCAUUAUUGCAGCAGAAGCAGUAGUAGAUGACAAAGAGUCGGAAAUUGUUCAGGUGGCUACAUUGCAACUUCAGCCGGAUGGCGGCGACAUUAUCCACAGAGCCGAUAUUCGUUUAUCGGACAUAUGUAACAUGAUCGAAGGCGACUGGAUGCGCUUGGCCAAAGAAUUGGGUGUACCCGAGACCGAUAUCGAGAUUAUUAAUGCGGAAUACAACGAGCGGCCGUCUCAAAAGGCUAUGGUGAUGCUACGUCUUUCGCUUCGUCAACAAGGACCCACGGCAACGAGCAACACCUUAGAACGUGCACUACACAAUAUAAAUAGAAGUGACAUUGUCAAGAGAUGCAUAUUUAAUAUAGAACCUGUAAAAGAUGACUUGGAGAGAAGCAUGGCCAAAACUCAGCUGGACGAAUCUGAGUUUAAUGAGCUAGGAAUACACUUAAAUAAAAGCGCUGAAAUGCUGUAUGAUGAGAGUAAAAAAGCCCCAACAGCUACCAAUGAUAGCUCUGUCUUGCAUGAUUCUCUUCUGAGGGGAGUACAAAGAACUGAAAUUGAAAUUGAGGAAAGCAAUGAAAAUUGCAAUUUAGUGGCAGCUGCAGUAGAUAAUAACGUGUAUACAAGAAAACAUGCAGCAACCACUAAAACGCCGCCACCCACGCCAAAUGAUAUUUCGCAAUUUCACACAAGUUGCGAUUUAGACAACAUUCGGCGAAUCGCUGAAGAGCAUACGCAACAAGUAUUAGACGAAGCGCAGAGCAACAUCGAAAAUGAUGGCUCCCUUCACCAAUUUAUUCAAGGCGCAAUUGAUCACACCAUCGAACGCGAACUGAGCAAUGAAGGGGUUGGCUGGAAAGCUGUUACAACUGAUACUCUGAUUCCAGGUGCUGGAAACGAAGCUGACGUGUCGCCUAUUUGUAAACAAAAUAAGCAAGAACAUGUUAUACAGCAACAUCCGGAGGAUAUUAUAAUGCAACAAGUAAUUAAUCGAACAAGCGAUAUUAGUAUAAUUCCGCAGGUAUACGAAGGCGUUUGCUCGACAACUCAUAAACGUAAUGAUGCACUCGAACGAAAGCCGGAGGUGUUGGAAAUCGAAUUGAAUCAGCAGCAGGCAGAAGAUGUGUUGCUUAGACAGAUUGUAAGCAAAAUGAAUGAGUUACCAAUCGACAUGGACAAUGCGUUAGAAUACGUCGACUCCUCGGAAGCUAUACCUUCAGAAUCUGUAUGCAGUGGUGAAAUGAUACAGAACACACUGUUAAGUACACAUGAUCCAAAUUUUACCUCUGCACUUAUAGCAGGAGACGGGGAUAAUAUUGAUAACGGGUUUGAACACGCAGUGCACGAACAAAAUGUAUUGCUGCAGAAUCAGCCGGCAACGAGAUCUGAAAGUAUAACAGACGGCGCACCAAUACACAAUAUAGACAAAUCGUUAAAAGCUGUUGGUAUAAAGAAGGAUUAAAGUUGAAAGUAAUGCUAUUUCAGUUACAGUUUAAAUGAAAAUGGAAGCUCAGUGCAUACAGUAAGCUUAAAGAGAGAAAAAUUUACAGUCGUUAAAGCAAAUAAAGUUGACACAAUGUUAAAAAGUACUACAAAAUAUAUUUAAUAUAAUACGACAAAUGUAAAAUUAUAGUUUACAAUGCACGAUAUAAAUUGUUAGCUUGUAUUAAAUGAAUGUAAACCUUGUCAAGCAAUAGUGAAAAGCAUAGAUUUUCAUGUACAUACAUAUAUAUAAAAUUUCCAUGACUAUUUUAUUACAUUCAGUCCCUUGAAUAAUUAGCACAAACGAUAAUAGUUUAAAUACUGAAUAACAACGUCAAGUAGCCUGGGUUGAAUGGUCUUAUUAUAAAGUAGUAUUCUCUGUUUAGCAAGCAGUGUUUGUACUAAUUUCUGCAGUAAAUUUUAUAAAACCUUCAUACAAUUGAUACCCUGCAAAAUUUUGGCUAUUCAUCCAUAAGUAUUAUGUCAAAGGAUACUUCACGUAUUAUUUAUUCUGUCAUUUGAAAAAAUAUAUGAAAAUGUCGAUACAGAUACAAAUACAGAUACAAAAAAAU